AAGACAGGGUGGAUGCAGUUUCAGAACAAGUGCUACUACUUCAGUGUUCUUUCAAGGGAAUGGGGCGUAGCGUCUAGCUAUUGCAAAGCGUUCAAGUCUAAGUUGGCAGAACCUCAAACCGAGGCUGAAGCUCACUUCCUGUCCAGCCAUGCUAAAAAAUUCGGUGGGAAAAGCUUUUGGAUUGGGAUCACUGAUAUGAAGAAAGAAACAACCUGGACGUAUGCGUCCAAUCAGCAACCAAUUCACAAAGCCUCGUUUUGGGGAGUACAUGAACCAAACGGACACGCUGUCGAGAACUGAGCAAUGCUGUGGUCAGGAAGUCAUGACAAAAUGGCAGAUUAUACUUGCGCCGGAGGCCUAAAUUUUAUUUGUGAACAAGAUCAAGAGUAAGUUUAUAAUGAAUUCAGCUGAUCAGAAUUCGAUACAUUUCUUUUUUAAUUGUUUACAUUUCGAUUGUA